AGAAAUUUUCUAUUUGCGGGUAAGUUCGUUCCUUUAUGAUGGCUGACUCUGGUGCACGUGGUGGUUUCCGAGGAGGUUUUGGUGGUGCUCGCGGUCGAGGCAGGGGACGCGGUCGUGGUCGUGGUAGAGGCCGUGGACGCGGUGGUGACGAUAAAAAAGAAUGGAACCCUGUUACCAAACUUGGACGAUUGGUAAAAGAAGGCCAAAUCGCCAGCUUAGAACAGAUCUAUCUCUUUUCUCUGCCCAUUAAAGAAUUUGAAAUAAUCGACCACUUUAUCGGUUCUUCGCUCAAAGAUGAGGUACUCAAAAUCAUGCCUGUACAAAAACAGACCCGUGCCGGUCAAAGAACCAGAUUCAAGGCCGUUGUCGCUAUUGGAGAUAGCAACGGACAUAUUGGUUUAGGUGUCAAAUGUAGCAAAGAAGUAGCCACCGCUAUCCGAGGAGCUAUCAUCCUUGCCAAACUUUCCAUCAUUCCAGUUCGUCUGGGAUAUUGGGGAAAUAAAAUUGGUAAACCACACACAGUUCCCUGCAAGGUGACUGGCAAAUGUGGCAGUGUUACCGUGAGGCUGAUUCCAGCUCCCAGAGGUACAGGUAUAGUGUCUGCUCCAGUUCCAAAGAAAUUGUUGCAAAUGGCUGGUGUUGAAGAUUGUUACACCUCUUCCAAAGGUUCAACUUGUACUUUGGGUAAUUUCGCCAAGGCCACAUUUGCAGCCAUUGCAAAGACUUACGCUUACCUUACCCCUGAUUUGUGGCCUGAAAAUGUUCUGACUAAAACACCUUAUCAAGAGUUUUCAGACUUUUUGUCGGCAAUAAAACCUAAAAUUCCUGAAUAAAAUUUUUUAUUAUGACUAAUAAAAUAUUUUAAAUAAAAA